AUGUCCCCUGCUGGCGAGACAGGCACAUCGUCUACUCCGCCACGCGCAAAUGCACUAGCUCAUGGUGCUAGCAAAAUAGAAUCGACCCCAAAUAGCCGCGGGACUGCCGUCGUCAGCGAGAACAUCGGCGUGCUCGGUGUCAAUGUUAAGAAAGUCCGCCCAUGGAUUCAACGGGAUAUUGAGCAGGCUAAGGAGUGCAAAGCAGAUGCCAUGUUGCAAGCCCUCCUGCAGCGCGCUUCUUCCACUCCCGAGACUCGACAGCCCGAGCUUCUGCAGAAGUGCCUGAAGGCAGUUCUGCCGGUUUGCAAUGGACAGGUAUCCGCUGGGGAUAUACACUCUUCGGGCGUCGAGACAGCCCUGAAAAAAUACGUACGUCCAGGAGUAGAAAACAACCUCUACGCCCCUUUUAUAGAAGCCACCAAUAUCGCGCUCGCUUGUCUUGAAGAUAUCAAGGUCGAUAGGAUGCGCGCUCCUGUCCCCGCCGUGGACAUGAUCUGUCAGCAGAACGAUAUGCCCAUGUACCAAAACCACCAGACUGUUAAAUCAGCUCGGAAGCCCGACCUCGUCUUUCUUCCUUUGAACAGCGCAUGUACUCCCUUCGAGGAUGAGAAGGGCGGUAAGAAGGGAAAACAGAAGGACGACGAGAAGCGCAAGGCUCAUAUGGUCAAGAAUGCAAUGGCAAAGCCACCAGCGCCACUCCCCUGGAAAGAUGUUCUAGCUUGCAUCGAGUUCAAGAGAAAAACGGACAGGAAGAAAUCGAUUAAACCGCCGCAAUCUUCGUAUAAAGUGAAUGACUAUGUUCCUACCAAGCCAGAAUAUCUGCCGGUGGAUCAUCUUAAGGCUGAAGAUUUUGCGCCAGGCCCUUCGCAGGCCGCAACACAACCUGCGCCUGACACUGCAAUCGUAUCUUCCGGCCUUACUGCCGCACAGGCUUCCAAGGGCGGGUCCAGCUCCAAGCGCAAGGCCGCGGACACUUUGCAAUCCGCUCCGAAAAAAUCCAGGAUCGACCCCGACGAGCCAGAUGUGACCGUCCAGACGGGUAUGUACGCGGCCGAAAUGUUUGCGGCCAAUCUUGCCGUCAAUCACCUGAUUAAUCUUAUCGUCAUCGACGAUGUAAUGUGGAUCUGGUAUUAUGAUCGUCAAGGGACCAUUCAAAGCUCGGGCAUCAACUUCAUCCAAGAUCUCCCGCGAUUCAUGGUGCUGUUGUAUGCUUUACAACGAUUCGAACCUCAGGAUUGGGGCCGAAACAAGGAUUUCCUCCCAGUUCAAGUUGAGGGGAAGCGAUGCCAUGAAUUCAAAAUCAAGGACGCAGAACUUGGAGAGGUGGAUCUGCUGCUUCACACCAGCCACGACGAAAGCGUGACACACUACGGAUUGCAAGGACGGGCAACCAAUGUAGUCCCUGUCACUAGCGACGCGCUGGCCAAGAAAUACGAAAGCAUCCAGGAUGGGAUGGUGGCUAAGAUAUUUUGGGGAGAGGCAAAUCGCACUAGCGAGCCGGAAAUCCUGAAAAGAGUUGAGGAGAUCGCCAAGGCGCACGAUACCGUCAAAGACCAUAUUCCUGAGUUGCUCUGGCACCACACGAUCACGAAUCCUACAUCCGCCAUCCGAGAAGCACUAGGUGUUCCGGAACCCACCACGGGCAGUCGCGUGCUCUACAUUCUCGUAUUCCGCAAGCUCCACCCCAUCACGAAGCUUCACGGCAAAGAGCUUUUCGACGUGUGGUAUCAAUGUAUCCUGUGCCACGUUACGUUGUGGAAGCAAGGUGUAUUUCAUCGAGAUGUCAGCCCUAGCAACCUGAUGUGGUACUGGAAAGACGGGAAGCGGAUAGGCGUUUUAAAUGACUACGAUCUAUCCUCGUUGGCGGAUGACCCAGCUCCUCGGGGAAACGAGCGCACGGGCACGGUGCCGUUCAUGGCGCUCGAGCUUCUCUCCGCACAGGGCCAACGAGGCGAAAUUAAACACCUAUAUCGUCAUGAUUUGGAGUCGUUUAUGUGGUGCUUCGCCUGGAUUUGCUUGCGUUACGAGAACGGAGCCCCUCUACCAGAGGAAUCGCGCCCGAGCCGGUUGGAUGACUGGGCCACUUCUGGCGCCGUGACAUGUGGCAUGCUUAAGCUAUACUUCCUGAACAAUCUCAAAGAAUACCGAUCCCCUCACAUAAAGUCACUUAUGUGGGAGUUCCUUGUGGAGUGUUUCGAUGUGCUUGACACGCACACCUUCAAUCGACGCAAACAACUAUUACGAUCGACAAAAGGGGGAGACCAACCGAUCAACUUUGAGGAAUCAGAAUUAGAUAUCGAUGGUUUUCUACAGUCAUUCAAAAAUACCGAAAGCUGGGCGGCGCUCAGCAAACCUCUACGGGAACCUUCACAGUGA